AUGCAGACGAUAAUUGCAGAUAUAAUCACUCCAAAUCAUAUUUCUGCUAUUGGUGUACUAACUGACCUAAAAGACAAUUGGAACAUGUUUUGGCUUAAUGAGAAAGAAGUGAUUGGCACUAAGUUUACACAACGAAAAUCAGCAAUUAAAUUUAUUGAAUCAAUGAUUUUGGAAGAAGAGUGGGCUACAAAAAAAAAGGCGAAAUCUUAA